AUGCUGUUUGUUUCAUUGAUCACUCUGUUUUAUUCAACUCAAGUAUUCGCUUCCUACUGUAAAAUGGAAGAUGUAGGUUUAUAUUUAUAACUAAUAAAAAUAACGUUUAUAUGUAUAUACAGACUCUCUUCUCGGUUGGAAAUUACACAUGUCCUGACAAUUAUACGAUGGUAACUCGAAUCAAAGGAUUUUAUUGCUUGAAAGUUGUUGCGAGUACAUUAAAUCAAACCCAAUCCGAACAAUCGUGUAUGCUUGAAAAUUCGACAUUGGCAAGUUUCGAAAAUAUAGAUGAGGUGAAUUUAGUUCUGGAAUUAUCUUUGGUUGCGACAAACAAUGCAAAUGGAUAUUGUUGGAUUGGUGCAACUCGUUUAGCCGCUUGUCAUGGACCUAUAUCUGAUUUCAAUGCUGGAUGUCUUCCAGUAGAAACAAAUACAUUCAGAUGGACCGAUGGUUUUGUAACCGGAACUGAUGCGUUUUCCAACUUCUACCCAGGUCAACCGGAUGGUGGAAGUGGCGUUGCGCAAAAUUGCAUUGGAAUGAUUUCCACAAGUUCUUCAUGGAUAGGAAUGACUCCCGGAAGUUUCGAUGAUACUCAAUGCGGUUCAACUUUGGCUUCUUCUCAUGUUUGCGGGCAACCAGCCCAACAAGUUGCUCUUAAUUGUAGUUCUUCUUGUUGCUGA